AUGGACCUGGUUCUAAACUUUCCCAUGGAGACCUGGGUGCUCCUGGCUACCGGCCUGGUGCUCCUCUACCUAUAUGGAACCUGUACACAUGGAACCUUUAAGAAUUUGGGAAUUUCAGGACCCAAAUCACUACCUUUCAUGGGAAAUAUUCUUGCAUACCAAAACGGAUUUUGGGAGUUUGACAGACAAUGCCAUAAAAAAUAUGGGAAAAUAUGGGGUAAGUUUUAUGAGGGUCGACAGCCUGUGUUGGCUAUCAUGGACCCAGACAUGAUCAAAACAGUGCUGGUGAAGGAAUGCUACUCUACCUUCACAAACCGUCGGGUGUUCGGUCCAGUGGGAUUUUUGAAAAAAUCAAUCACCUUAUCUGAGAAUGAAGAAUGGAAGAGAUUAAGAGCAUUGCUGUCUCCUACCUUCACCAGUGGGAAGCUCAAGGAGAUGCUCCCCAUCAUUAACCAGUAUGCAGAUGUGUUGGUGAGAAACAUGAGGCAGGGAGCAGAGAGUGGAGAUCCCAUCAACAUGAAAGACAUCUUUGGAGCCUACAGCAUGGAUGUGAUCACCGGCACAUCAUUCGGAGUGAAUGUCGAUUCCCUCAACAACCCACAAAAUCCCUUUGUACAAAAAGUAAAGAAGCUCAUAAAAUUUAAUUUCUUGGACCCAUUCUUCCUCUCAGUGAUACUCUUUCCAUUCCUUAUCCCACUAUAUGAUGCACUCAAAAUGACUGUGUUUCCAAACGAUGUCAUAAGCUUUUUUAAAACUUCUGUAGAACAAAUGAAAGAGAAUCGCAUGCAAGACAAAGAAAAGCAAAGAUUGGAUUUUCUUCAACUGAUGAUCAACUCCCAGAAUUCCAAAGACAAAGAAUCUCAUCAAGGGUUAUCUGAUCUGGAGAUUUCGGCCCAGUCCAUUUUCUUUAUUUUCGCUGGCUAUGAGACCACCAGCAGCGCGCUUUCCUUUGCUCUGUAUUUACUGGCCACUCACCCCGAUGUCCAGAAGAAACUUCAGGAUAAAAUUGAUGCAGCUCUACCCAAUAAGGCACCUGCCACCUAUGAUGCCCUGGUCCAGAUGGAGUACCUAGACAUGGUGAUGAAUGAGACUCUCAGAUUAUAUCCAGUCGGUGGAAGACUCGAGACGAUCUGUAAGACAGAUGUUGAAGUCAAUGGGGUGCUCAUUCCCAAAGGGACUGUAGUGAUGGUACCGACCUUUGCUCUUCACAAAGACCCAGAGUGCUGGCCAGAGCCUGAGGAGUUCCACCCUGAAAGGUUCAGCAAGAAGAACCAGGGCAGCAUCAAUCCUUACACAUACCUGCCCUUUGGGGAUGGACCCAGGAACUGCAUUGGCAUGAGGUUUGCUCUCAUGAACAUGAAACUGGCUCUUGUCAGAGUCCUGCAGAACUUCUCCUUCCAGCCUUGUGAGGAAACUCAGAUCCCUUUAAAACUGAGAAAGAAAGGAUUUUUUCAACCAGAAAAACCCAUCAUUCUAAGAGCUGUAUUAAAAGAAGGAACCACAAGUGGAGUUGACAUAAAGCUGAUUAUGAUGCUGUGUCCCAUGACACAAGAAGUCAAAUGAUUUUGUGAAGAAAAUGCAGAAAUGAAGAUGGGAUUGAUUCUUUUCAUGAAUGAGGGACUCUGGGCACUCAUCAACCUAAUCUCCUGAUUUAGCCACAGAAGCUCAAAAAUCACUCACUUC